AUGGCUAGAAUGUCUUUGAUUUCGAAAUUUGGUGAAUGUGUUGAAGGUAGGAAGGAGAUUAAUUUAUCCGAUGAAGAUUUAGAGCUUGAAACACGUCUUAAGACUUUGAACAAACCACCCAUUCUAAGUUUUCAGAAAGAGGAUGGAAGCAUCAUCGACUGCAUUGAUAUAUACAAACAACCUGCAUUUGAUCAUCCAAAACUAAAAAAUCACAGGAUCCAGGUACAUAAAUUACCGUCCAAAGUCACACAAUGUCCUCCAGGAACGGUACCCAUUCGAAGAACACGAAAGGAGGAUUUGGUCACGGCAAAUGCGGUUUUAAGCCAUUAUCGUACAAUGACCGGAGGACCACCAUUUACUCCCUCACAAGGAAAUUAUUAUGCAGGAGCAGGAACUCCAAAUGGGACGUCGGAAAAAUACCUAGGAGCAAGGGCUGCAAUAGCUCUUUUUAAUUUGACAAUCGCGAUUCCUGCUCAAACUAGUGCAGCUUCCUUGCGAAUUGGUAGUGGUGUUGACGGUCCAUUUAACAACAUCGAGUAUGGAUACACUUUCAACCAACAAUUAUAUGGAGAUAGAAAAGCACGAACAUUUAAUUUGUGGACGGCGGAUGGAUUCGGUAAGACAGGAUGCUUUAACAUGCUUUGCCCCGGGUUUGUUCAAGUAAACCAACUCCGUCAUAUGGGAGAUGAAUUGACCUAUUUUUCGGAGUAUGAUAAAAGCACGAGAUUUAUGUUGCUUGGAAUUAUCAAGGACCCAAAAACACAAAAUUGGUGGAUAGUGGAGAGCCUACCAGAAGCAACAAAUCAAUAUAUAGGAUAUUGGCCAAAGGAAUUGUUGCCAGAAAUGAGUGAUUCUGCAACAAAUGUUCAAGUUGGUGGUAAGGUGUAUAAUCCUUCUAUUGAGCCUUCAAAGACUCCCAUGGGUUCAGGUCAUUUCGUGGCGGACGACUUGCUCAAAACAUGCCAAGCUAUAGUCCAUGUUGUUAACUCAACCUAUGGUCUAAUCCCUGAUGAAUCUCUUAAAAUGGAUGUUUUCGCGAAUUCACCUGAUCUUUACAAUGCUCAAUUCUUGGAUGGUGCCGAAGUUCUCUUUGGAGGACCUGAUUUUACGACUUAA